AUGUUGACAUUGGCAAUUGGUGACUUAUUCAUACCAGAAAGAUCAAUAGAUCUACCACCAAAGUUUAAAAAACUAUUAGCACCUCAACCAAAUAAUUAUCCAACAAACAACAAAAUAAAUAAAGUAAUAUGUUUAGGCAAUAUAGUAAAUUCAACCAGAACACUAAAAUUUCUUUAUGAUAUAUCCCCUCAAUUUGAAAUCAUAAAGGGAGAAUUUGACAAUCCAAACACUAUAUCUCAACAAUUACAAUUUAUAGCUGCUGAAAGAAACAAAAAACCCCACACCAUAAAAAUACCAAUGUACAACAAAUUCAAUCAUGAUAAUUUGAAAAUAGGAUAUACAAACGGGUAUCAAAUAGUACCAAGAGGUGAUCCAUUACAAUUGAGUGCAGUAGCCAGAGAAUUGGAUGUUGAUAUUUUGAUAUGGGGUGGAACUCAUAGAGUUGAAGCUUAUACUUUGGAUGGGAAAUUUUUCAUAAAUCCUGGUAGUGCAACUGGUGCUUUUAGUUUGGAUUGGCCAGAAUUAGAUGAAGAAGAUGAGGAAGAAGAAGAAAAAGAUACAAAAGAUAAAGAUGAUAAGGAAGAAGAUGCCAAAGAGGAGGUAGAAAAAAAAGGAGAGUCAAACGAAGAACAAAAAGAAGAAUUAAAAAAUGACAAAGAAGAAUCUGGGAAAGAAGAAGAGUCAAAAGCUGCAGAUGAUAAAGAUAUCCUUUAUGAAGUAACAGAAUUAAAUACAAAUAUUCCAUCAUUUUGUCUACUAGAUACUAAUGGAUCAACAUGUAUAUUGUACAUUUAUACAUAUUUCAAUAACGAAGUAAAAGUAGAUAAAGUUACAUAUACAAAAGAAUAA